UGCAGACAAUCUGGCAACGGGUCCUCUGCAGCUAGCAGUCCUUGAUUAGACAUGAGCUCCAGCUGCAAGGCUUCCAAACCACCUGCCAAAAAAAGGACACAGAACACACCUCCCCACAGCACACAGAGAUGACAUCUCUCAAACCACAACAAAAACAACAUUUAACUUUAAAAUGAGGAAGUACAUGAGUGCUUUGCAGUUUAAGCAACAUACAAAAGAAGAAGCAGAUCACAGAAACCACCAGUAAGACAUCCAUCACAUUCUGAGUGAAAUAUGGCCGUCUAUGAAAAUGAAUCAGAGAUCACUGUGGAGAUGAUGAACCUCUCUGAUGCUUCAGCCAGGACUGCUGCCUCCAAGAGUCUCAGGGAUGAAGAUGGUACCACAGUGCCCGGAGGAAAACUGCUCAGAUGUGUUGCCGUGAGCUUUUGUCUCCUGUGUGUCCUACAAGUUGCUCUAAACAUUUCCCUCCGUCUUGCUCUCUCCCCUCCACCAGGGAUUGAUGCCAAUAUUAAAAAUCUGACUGAGGAGAGAGACGAGUUGAGGAGCAUCAACCUUCGUAUUGAGGAGAGUUAUAAAACCCUGACUGAAGAGAGAGAUGAGUUGAAGAGGGAGCUGAGUAACUUUGAUCAUUAUUUGAACCAAGGAUGGGUGUAUUUCAGUGGUAGUUUCUACUAUAUUUCUUCAAUUGAGAAAACCUGGCAAGACAGCAGAGAUGACUGUGUGCAAAGUGGUGCAGACCUGGUGAUUAUCAACAACGAAGAGGAACAGAAUUUCAUAGGACAAUACCAACAGAUAAUGUGGAUUGGACUGACUGACAGAGAGACAGAGGGGGUAUGGAAAUGGGUGGAUGGCACUCUGCUGACAACAAGCUUCUGGAGAUCUGAGGAACCCAACAAUAAUGGCGGAAAUGAAGACUGUGUAGAAACAAAUGACAAUGAUCACCUAAAAAUGUGGAAUGAUGCAUCAUGUGAAACAAAAAAAUUCUGGAUCUGCGAAAACAAAAUGGCUGUAUAACUCAGGGCAUAACCAAACCCUUAUGAUGUUGUCUCAUCAUUAAACAGAUUUAUAUUCCACUGUGAUUUUGAAAUUUUUUUGAGGGCAACAACAAAUGACAUCGUCCCGCAGAUAGCGGCAUCGGAUUAGAAAAAGCUUCGUUGUUUAGGAACAACAUAUUUUGUCCUUUAAUUUCAGGGGCUGAUGUGCCUUUCAGUGUGAGAUUUGUACAUAUAUUUUUUAAUGUGUCUGUAUUUGUUUCUUUGAGUACUAUUGUGUCCAGACAGACUCCAGGUAAAGAUCAUCAGGUGAUUGGGUUUUUGCUCAUGCUUGUUGUCUUUUAAGCCCCCUUGUUU